AUGCGUGCUUAUCCGAUGCUUCAUGUCUAUACCCCGCCCAAGCAUCCUUACAACACAUACCCUACACAUUCUAUGUACUUCGCGGAGUUAGAAAUGGGCGACUCGGUAGAAACCAAGGUAACGGAUGAUAUCACUGUCUACCAACUUAACAGUGGCAUUGGAGAUGGUGCAGAUAUAGUACUUGGAUUCAAUGGUUGCUUACUAUCCGUCUCUAUAUUGCCUUCCAACGGGUCGUCUACAAAGGACACGGAGGGACAGAAAGAUCGCCCUCUACAGGAUCAUUUUAUUGAUACCAUAGAGAAGGCUACCGUAUGUCAGGACGACGAGGAGUAUGAGGAGCUUGUGGACGAGGUCCUUAUCCCGAUUCUCGACACUGGAAGACCUCUUUUUCAUCAGUUGAUACCUUCACGAGACGAGCGUGUGCAAGACAACCAAUCUCUAUAUCAUCUCUUGUUCCCCCCAGUCCUCUACUUUCGCUUAGAGGCUCCUACUCCUACUACCUCCGUCUCCCUCAUAUCUAUCGACUCCAGCGAAGCAUCUACCACUCUUACCAUCGAUCCUGCCUUUGACCACAGUAUAGAUCAAGAUUUACAACUGAACCCCGAUAUACCACGCUUUACACCCGAGGACAUCUCCGUGGCUGAGGUCUUUGUGCGUGGUGCAUUUACAAUUACGGCUGCCGUUGAGGUGCAAGGCCAAGACAUGUUCUGCAAGUCACAUGUUAGAGCAGGCGGACUCUUUGGUACUAGUGAGGCACGAGAACUCAAUUGCCUCAGUGAGAUGGUCAAAGUCUUCCAACCAAACGCAAUAAAGAUUCCCCAACUUGUAGGCUAUAUCCACCACAAAGACACCCAACAGAUAUUGGGGUUCCUUCGCCAGUGGGUGCCUGGACGCAGACUUAGCGAUGGCAUUGCUGCUGGCACACCUGAGAAACGACAGAAGUGGGCUUGCCAGAUCCGUCGGUCUAUAGAGCUGCUUCAUCAGAAUGGGUUGGUAUGGGGAGAUGGAAAACCUAGCAAUGUCAUCAUCGACGAUAUGGAUGAUGCCUGGCUGGUGGACUUCGGAGGCGGGUACACGCGAGGCUGGGUUGACGAGGAACUGAUGGAAACAAAACAAGGAGAUGAGCAAGCCUUGGAGAAGAUCAUUGAAUUCCUAAGCGGGAAUGAGGAUGUGCCUUUAUCCGCAUAG